CAUCUUAAAAUGAAGAUCAUACAACUCGUUUCAUCAAGUUGUACUGAGGCUGGAAAAGAUAGUCUAACUGCUGACGCAUUGUGCGCUCAGCCUAGGGUGGCUGCUACCGCGGAUACCUGCCGAUUCCUAGGGCGGGUACCAGCCCGGGACCCCCUGACAGGUGUUAAUUAGGGCGUGGCUAAGCCCCCGGGCUGGGGAAGGAGUUAGGAUUUAUAAAGCCAGUGUCUGGCGCGGUGGCCUCAUUCCUUCUUUAACUAGACCCGGGAGAGGUCUUCCAGGCUUGGGCUUGGCACGCGAGCAGCGGGAGCGGGGGUGCCGGCGGCGGAGGCGCGUGCGUCCUGAGCAGCCCCCAGCUCCCAGCGCGCACACCUGGGCCCGUGGCGCGAGGCGUGCGCGGCUGCCGGGUAGCCGCUGGGGACUGGGCCCGGGGGGCGGAGCCUGCCGCCCGCUGUCCCCAGCACCCCCCGGCCCAGGCCCGGAAGGGGCCAGGCGCGCUUCCGUCUCCGCCGGGGAGGCACGGAGGGCGGAGCUGCGGCCCGAGGAUGCGACGCGAGCCCAGUUCCGGCGAGGAGGCCGCGCCAGUGACAGCGAUGGCGGCGGAGUCGGCGCUCCAAGUUGUGGAGAAGCUGCAGGCGCGCCUGGCCGCGAACCCGGAUCCUAAGAAGCUAUUGAAAUAUUUGAAGAAACUCUCCACCCUGCCUAUUACAAUAGACAUUCUUGCGGAGACUGGGGUUGGGAAAACAGUAAAUAGCUUGCGAAAACACGAACAUGUUGGAAGCUUUGCCAGGGACCUAGUGGCUCAGUGGAAGAAGCUAGUUCCUGUGGAACGAAACACUGAGCCUGACGAACAGGACUUUGAGAAGAGCAAUUCCCGAAAGCGCCCUCGAGAUGUCCUGCAGAAGGAGGAGGAGAUCGAGGGGGACUACCAAGAAACCUGGAAAGCCUCGGGGAGCCGAUCCUAUAGCCCUGAUCACAGACAGAAGAAACACAGGAAACUCUCAGAGCUCGAGAGACCUCACAAAGUGUCUCACAGUCAUGAGAGGAGAGAUGACAGAAAGAGGUGUCACAGAAUGUCACCAACUUACUCUUCAGACCCUGAGUCUUCUGAUUACGGCCAUGUUCAGUCCCCUCCAUCUUGUACCAGUCCUCAUCAGAUGUAUGUGGACCACUAUAGAUCCCUGGAGGAGGACCAGGAGCCCAUUGUUUCACACCAGAAGCCUGGGAAAGGCCACAGCAAUGCCUUUCAGGACAGACUGGGGGCCGGCCAAGAACGACACCUGGGUGAACCCCAUGGGAAAGGGGUUGUGAGUCAAAACAAGGAGCACAAAUCCCACAAGGACAAACGCCCUGUGGAUGCCAAGAGCGAUGAGAAGGCCUCUGCGGUGAGCAGAGAGAAAUCACACAAGGCCCUCUCCAAAGAGGAGAACCGAAGGCCGCCCUCAGGGGACAGUGCACGAGAGAAACUGCCCUCUAGUGGCAUAAAGAAAGAGAAGGACAGAGAAGGCAGCAGCCUGAAGAAGAGGUCUUUGCCACCCUCAGAAGCUGCUUCAGACAACCACCUGAAAAAGCCAAAGCACAGAGACCCGGAGAAAGCCAGAUCGGACAAAAGCAAGCAAGGUCUGGACAGCUUCAGUGCAGGAAAAGGAGCAGGGGACCUGUUGCCUAAGGUCAAAGAAAAGGGCUCUAACAACCUAAAGACUCAAGAAGGGAAAGCAAAGACUAACUCGGAUAGAAAGUCACUGGGCUCCCUCCCUAGAGUUGAGGAGACAGAUAUGGAGGAUGAGUUUGAGCAGCCCACCAUGUCUUUUGAAUCCUACCUCAGCUAUGACCAGCCCCGGAAGAAAAAGAAAAAGAUUGUGAAAACUUCAGCCGCAGCACUUGGAGAAAAAGGACUUAAAAAAAAUGACUCUAAAAGCACUAGUAAAAACUUGGACUCAGUUCAGAAAUUACCCAAGGUGAACAAAACCAAGUCAGAGAAGGUGCAGCCGGCUGGAGCCGAUUCAGCCAAGCAGAGAAAGGUGCCUGAUGUGUUGCCGGUGUUGCCAGACCUCCCGUUACCCGCAAUACAGGCCAAUUACCGUCCACUGCCUUCCCUUGAGCUGAUACCCUCCUUCCAGCCAAAGCGAAAAGCAUUCUCUUCACCCCAGGAAGAAGAAGAAGCUGGAUUUACUGGGCGCAGAAUGAAUUCCAAGAUGCAGGUGUAUUCUGGUUCCAAAUGUGCCUAUCUCCCCAAAAUGAUGACCUUGCACCAGCAAUGCAUCCGAGUACUAAAAAACAACAUCGAUUCAAUCUUUGAAGUGGGAGGAGUCCCAUACUCUGUUCUUGAACCCGUUUUGGAGAGGUGUACACCUGAUCAGCUGUAUCGCAUAGAGGAAUACAACCACGUAUUAAUUGAAGAAACAGAUCAAUUAUGGAAAGUUCAUUGUCACCGAGACUUUAAGGAAGAAAGACCUGAAGAGUAUGAGUCGUGGCGAGAGAUGUACCUGCGGCUUCAGGAUGCCCGAGAGCAGCGGCUACGAGUACUAACAAAGAAUAUCCAAUCUGCUCAUGCUAAUAAGCCCAAAGGCCGACAAGCAAAGAUGGCUUUUGUCAACUCUGUGGCCAAGCCACCUCGUGACGUCCGGAGGAGGCAGGAAAAGUUUGGAACUGGAGGAGCAGCUGUCCCUGAGAAAAUCAAGAUUAAGCCAGCCCCAUACCCCAUGGGAAGCAGCCAGGUUUCCGCCAGCAGCAACAGCUUUAACCCCAGCCCCGAGGAGCCGGCCUAUGAUGGCCCAAGCACCAGCAGUGCCCACUUGGCACCAGUGGUCAGCAGCACUGUUUCCUAUGAUCCUAGGAAACCCACUGUGAAGAAAAUUGCCCCAAUGAUGGCCAAGACAAUUAAAGCUUUCAAGAACAGAUUCUCCCGACGAUAAACUGAGGACUUGUCUUGGAAAUGGAAUCUGGGGGCGGGGGCAGGAAAACAAGGACAGUGGAAGUUUGGGAAUGGAAUUCUGCAGGAGACUGGAGUCUUGCUUUGUGGAUCCCUUUGGUCUCCGAGUCCUGCCGUCUGCAGGUGCUGCCCCUGGGAAGCUGCGUGUCAUAGCCCUGCCUCCCUGCCUGGAGCACACUUCAGAAUUCUGAAGAAGAUGUGAAACCUCUGUCUCACUGAGGAUUUUAAAGGUCAUUUAUACUUUUGUUGUUCAUUAGCAUCUUUGUAAACUAUAAGACAUAGUUUUAAAGUUUUAAUUAAUAAAUAUUGCCCCCAGAUUGUAUUUAUAUUA